UCUUGUUGAGGAGAGAGAUGCUAAAACCAUUUUCAAGCCUGGCAAGCAUGCUGAUGAACUCAUGAAAGUGGAUGAUGAAUCUGUGUCAAAAGUUUUAGACUGGUUUAAAAGAAGUUCUAGUACUGAAGAUGAAGAAGUUGUAUCAACAAAGUCCCAAUUCAGGGAGCCCAGAGAGGAAGUGGAUGUGUCAAUCAGAACAGCAGCUCUUCCUACAGAGCACAGUGGGCCUGGCAUGCAUGGAAAAACAGAAGAUACAGAAGAGAAACCAUUUGGAAAGAUGAAACAACAGAGCAGAAUUUCAUCUACAUCCUUUACUUCAGAAAACAUACAGCUGAUAAAGGAGAGGGUGAAGCCUAAGACAGGGGAAGAAAAUGAGAAGCAAAGUGAUAAAUUGCUGACUGAAUUUGAUUGUACAAGAGUUGAAGAAAAAGAACAUGAUCAAGAAAUCAAACAACAAAAUAAAAAAUCACAUCUCCUGGACCAUCAAGGGCACAAGCUACCAGCUCAGAAAUGUGAAUCAGAGAAGGCAAUACAAGAAAAAAGAAGAAUAAGGGAGAUCAGAGCAUUCUGGGAAAGGGAUAAAGGUAUCCCCCAUCAUGGAGAGAAAGAAGUUAGUAUCAAUGCUGAUGUGUCAGGUGGCCGUGCUUUUACAGGUCUCAGAGAAAGUGACCAGCUAAAACGAUCUGCAGUGUAUCUACCUAAGGCCUUGCAUGAUCAGAGCAAGAAUACAUCAAAAAGUCCUGAACUAAGUUGUGCAAGCCAGGCUUCAAGAAACAAAAGUUGCCAUUCUUUUGAAUCAAGACCAGGCCAUGCAUUUGGAAAGACAGAAGGGACUCUUCAAUCUGGUGAACUCCCAGAAGCCAGUAACUUGCAUCCCAGAGCUGGUGUUAUUUCAGCUUCCUCAAAAAGCAAAGAUGAAGAUGAGAAGGAAACUCUUAAAGGGAAAGUUGCUGCUUCUUCCCAACAGAAGCCCAGCUUCCAGGUUUUGUCUUUAAAAGACAAGAUGAAUGAAAAGUCAAAGAAUCAAAUUUUAGAUCCUUCACACUUCCAGAGUCUGAGAAACUUCUGGGAUACUGGAGUUAAAUUCCAGAGUAGCAUUGACAGGGAAGAUGAUUCUUUGCCAAAUAAUACUAGAUCAAUAACCUAUGAAAGAAAAUCAAGGGAAGAUGAAAAAGGCAGAGAUAAUGUGAGCAAGCAAGGGUUAAUUCUACAACAAACCCAAACAUCUGAGAGAGAAAAACCACAGAAACUAGAUUCUGUGGUAUGCAAAAAGUCUCUAGGAUCUCCUAUCCUAAAAGGUCUGAAUGUGACACACACAAAGAAUACAGACUCUCUCCAGCUGGACAGACAACCAAUUAUCUCAAAAUCCCAGGAAAAGAUGGGUCUUCGAGAGCAAGAAGUUAGAGAAUGUACAGAAAAAAGCAUUGUUUCAUCAAAAGAUCAUCAUGUAUCCUUGCAGCUCCAGACACCUGGUGAUAAAGAUGUUUUAAAGGACACAGUAGUAGGUGAUAAACUAUAUUUACCUAUAGAAAAAGGGGAAAACAAGACUACUCCUUUGGAUAAAGAGGAAGUUGCAGAGACUGUGGAUAAAGUUGUUCUACCUAAAGGUGAGCUUGAUGUAUUUAAAUCAUGUCUAGAGAAGCUAGAAAAGGAAGCCUCUGAGAUGUCAUGUAGCUUAAACCUCAAAGAAAACCUUUUAAAAGGGGCACAUUUUCAGUCAAAUCAGUGCAAGGUUUUUGAGAGAACAGGAGACAACAGUCAUGAUAUUUCUCCUGUUGAUCAAGGAGAAGAAAUAGGCAAAAGUACAGGACAAGGGAAUGUGUCAUCAACAGAUAAGCAUGAGAACAGAAAAAGUCUCAGAAAACUGUUUAGGGAAUUUGAACCUCUGUAUCUACACUAUCAGGCAGCAGACAAGGAUGAUACUCUUGAGGGCUCUCAGAGGCCUCAAGCUGGUUCGGAGACCCUUCUCAAAGAAUCCCUUGUAUCUCAGCCUUCUGAAUGCAGAAGGGUGGAAAUAAAAACAUACAAUGACUCAAAUAGUCUAUCACAAAGUAACUGCAGUGUACAGUCAGCACACCAAGAAGCUACUGGUCAGCCUGAAGAGGUCCAUGAGCCCAUAGAGAAGUCUGUGGCUGGAUCCAAGGUCAAUGGCUUGAGUUCUGCUCUAGAGAAGUUGACGAAGGAGGCUUCUGAAGCACCACCUCCUAAACCCAAACGUGCUGACAGCGCACCAUGGGAGACUGCUGAGGAGCAAGUUCAAAGGACAAUGUAUGAACACGGUGGAGAAGUGCUGCAGGAAAUCAGUGAGACUGUAGAAAGGUCUGUUGCCCCAUCCAGGGCCAGUGGCUUGAGUUCUGCUUUAGAGAGGCUGCUGAAGGAGGCCUCUGAAACACCCCUUUCUAAACCCAAAUGGGCUGACAGCACAGCACAGAGAACUGCUGAGGUGCAAGACAAAGGCAUGACUUAUGAGCAUGGUGAAGAGGUGCUGCAGGAAAUCGGUGAGACCAUAGAAAGAUCUGUUGCCCCAUCCAAGGCCAGUGGCUUCAGUUCUGCUUUAGAGAGGCUGCUGAAAGAGGCCUCUGAAGGACCACCUCCUAAACCCAAAUGUGCUGACAGCAAAGCACAGAGAACUCUGGAAGUGGAAGCUAAAAGCACAACCUAUGAGCAUGGUGGAGAGCUAACUCAGCAAAUCAGUGAGAAUAUAGAAAAGUCUGUUGCCCCAUCCAAGGCCAGUGGCUUGAGUUCUGCUUUAGAGAGGAUGCUGAAGGAUGCCUCUGUAACACCUCCUUUUAAGCCUAAAUGUGCUGACAGCACAGUACAGGGGACUGCUGAGGUGAAAGCUAUGAGCACAGACUAUGGGCAUGAUGGAGAGCUGGUGCAGGGAGCUGGUGAUACCACAGAAAGAUCUGCACUGUCCAACACUGAAUAUAGAGGGUCUGAUGUUAAUUUUCAGAAUCCACCCAAAGAGGUCUCUGAAACACCAGCUUCUGUGCUGGAAAAUAUGGAUCAGAAAAUGCAUGCUAAAAUACAAACUAGUGUAAGUAUACAUGUUCCGUAUCAACGAGACAGAGAUCACCCUCAAGAAAUACAAGAAACAAUAGAAAAAAUUUCUAUUUCAAAUAUCACAAAAUUUGGUGAAUUCAGUCGCUCUUUAGAAAAACUUCUUCAAGAAGCAUCUGCAGUUUCAUGUCCAAUCUCCAAAGAUUUAUAUCAGCAAGAAGAAUUUGAGGAUCAUACAUUUCCCUCAGAAAAAGAGACUGUAUUCAUGGCAAGUUCACAGCCAUGUGACACUCUAAGUAGCUGUGAUACACAAAUUAAGAUAGUUCUCAAAGAGGGAGCUCCAGAAAAAUAUGUCAAAGCCUUGACAAAUGAUCUUGCAGUAAGUGAAAUUGAAGCUUCUGGUCUUAAGAGAGAGGGAGCUACUAAUAAAACAGGAGAAAGAAACAUGGUUCCAGUUGAUCUUCAUCCCAUGGAAGGCAAGACCAGUACAGUUGUAGUCGAACCAUUCGAGAUAAAUGCAAAAGGGAUGAAGGAAAGCACAUUCUUGGAGGCUUCUGAACAGAACUCAGAAUUUCAAGCACUCGUGAAUUUUAGAAGAACAAGUACACCACUUAAAGAUGAGAGCACCUCCCCCCAGCCAGAAGAAGCUCAGUUCUGUCUAAUGUCGCAGCAUGAGGAUAACAAUGAAGUGGAAAGCAACAACUUAAAUUUGAGAUCCAAGUUUUCAGAUCAAAACUCUGAUUCCCACUCUGGAACAGGAAGUUCAACUCGUUCUGAAGAAGAAUUAAACCCUGUUUUGAUGGCUUUGAAAAGGAGUGCAGAUAGAAAAAAGCCUUCCAAAAGUCUAGAGGACAUUCCAUCAGCCACCUCAAAUAAAGAAAAAAUAAAUAUACCAAAGGAAGAAUUAGUUCUUAGUGCUGAAGAUGUUUCCACAGUGACUUCACAGCCUGAUAAACCAUUUUCCAACCCUGAAAAACUCAAAGGGCUGAGCAAGUCAGUACCAUCAUUCUUACAGGAAGAGAGUGAUGACAGAGAGACAGAUACUACAUCAGAAAGCAGUUAUUCCUUUGGCAGAAUCAAGAAGAGUCCCAGCUCUCUAACCAAUCUUAGCAGCUCUUCUGGCAUGGCCUCCUUAUCCUCUGUGAGUGGCAGCCUAAUGAGCAUCUACAGUGCAGACUUUGGCAAUGUGGAUGUGAAGGGGAACAUUCAGUUUGCCAUUGAUUAUGUGGAACAGCUGAACGAGCUCCACAUCUUUAUUUGCCAGUGUAAAGACCUGGCAGUGGCAGAUGUUAAGCGACAGCGUUCAGACCCGUAUGUAAAGACCUACCUGCUUCCAGAGAAAUACAGACUGGGCAAACGGAAGACAUCUAUCAAAAAGAAAACUUUUAAUCCAGUCUAUAAUGAAAUACUGCGGUAUAAAAUUGAGAAGGAGCUCCUAAAGAAUCAAAGCCUCAAUAUCUCUGUCUGGCACAAUGAUACCUUUGGUAGAAAUAGCUUCCUUGGUGAAGUGGAGUUGGAUUUAGGAGCUUGGGACUGGAAUGAUCCAUCCAGUAAGCAGAUCAACUGGUUUCCUCUAAAGCCAAGGACUUCAGCAAUAACUCUUCCUCUAGAAAACAGAGGGGAGAUGAAACUAGCCCUCCAGUAUGUCCCACAUCCAAUAGGAGGAAAGAAGACUCUAUCUACUGGUGAGGUGCACAUCUGGGUGAAGGAAUGCCAUAACCUCCCUCCUCUGAGAGGCAAUAGGCUCAACUCUUUUAUUAAAUGUACCAUUCUUCCAGACACCAGCAGAAAAAGUCGCCAGAAAACAAGGACAGUUACAAAAACUACAAACCCAGUGUUCAACCACACCAUGGUCUAUGAUGGCUUUAGACCAGAAGAUUUGAAAGAAGCCUGCAUAGAACUCACAGUCUGGGAUCACAACAAACUAGCAAACCACUUUCUGGGAGGCCUCCGGAUAGGCCUUGGAACAGGCAAAAGCUAUGGAACUACAGUAGAUUGGAUGGAUUCUACUUCAGAUGAAACUGCCCUUUGGGAGAAGAUGAUGAACUCUCCAAACACCUGGAUAGAAGAUACACUACCUCUCAGGAUGCUUAUGGUUGCCAAAUUGACUAAAUAAGGUGGAUUUUUAUUUGUUAGUGUCAAAAAGAAACCUUGGGAAUUAAAUUGAAAGCAUGGGGGUGGAACCUGGAAGAGGAACACAGCAGUAGCUUUUUUGACAGCUUCUGCUCUGUUACUGUUCUGGUUUUGUGCUGUCAGAUGUCACUUUGUAUUUCAAACAUCUGCUUGCAGAUCGUUGUGUAAAUUGUAGGGAUUUUAAAAUUUCUUAUUCACUGAAAACAACUUCAAGAAAGAAGGUGCUUACAGAACCCAGUGUUAGAGGUAGCUGUGAUACCUGGAUGACUGUGUUGUCUAACUGAAGCAUUUCUGAUCCCUUAAAUGAUCCCAAUAACCAGCAGAAAUAUAAGAGCAAGUCAACUGUUUCUGUACAUUGCUUGGCUUGUUCUUGAAGCCUUACUGAUAAGACAGCAGCAUUAGUGUUAAAGCUCAUUGGUAUGUAUUUGUAUCCUCAUUAUGCCAUGUUAGAUCUCACCAGCAUGGAAUAUGGGCAUGAAGAAUUUAGUUUUUUGAAAGUUCCUCUAGUUGUAAUUGUACAUUUCUAGGACAUGAAAGUUACUUCCCCAAUGAAAGAAGUGUGGCAUGAAGUGGUACUGUUGAUGUCCUGUUCUACAAGGUGCAGAGGACUUAGUUCCAAUGUACUGUAAAAAAUCAGGGUUAUAAAAGGUUUGCUUUACAUAUGUGUUAAUCAUUUUGUUAGCAUACAAUACUUAGUCUUAAGUGCUGAAGAUGUAAAGGUGAAACUUUUUUUAUUCCAGUGCUACUCAAAAGGAUCUAAAUGUGCCAGUUUUAGUGAUGACAAGAAUGUUGGGUAUUUAUUCUCCAAAGUGCACUUGUUUGUACCUGUAUCCAUUAGUUUGGGUUUUUUUGCAAGAACUGAACUUACCUGUGCUUCAGCGCCACCGUUAGGAGACUGGGAGGACUGUGGCGGGUUUUGCUUAGUUUUGGGGCAUAGGAAAUAAGACUGGAGUUUUAACUUUUAGAAAUGCAUGCUACUGGUAGAAAAAUACAUAAAAUAAAAAAUAUAUUCCUUUUGUUUUCUUUUUUUUAAUAAAUGCAGACUAUUUAAACUAAAUAGGAAUUCAGUUUUUAUUAAAUUCUAGUGGUUUAUGUUAGCCAUUCAGCAUGCAAUAUAACAAAAUGCAGACAGAAAA